AAAGUUUCUCGAGCGACAUGAAGAAAGCAUACAGAAACGAGGGCUUAAGAAGAAUAGAAAGCAGCGGCUCCAGAUUCUUCUUACUGCAUGGUUAAACAUGCCACCAACCCAUCGACCUUUCUAUGACUAUUGGCGCCAAGUUGAGACGGACGCCACGGUCAAGGUCAAACAUAACAGUUCCAUCUUGUUGCCCUUCAUCAACAGGGAAUCCCUUGGGAAACCCACACCGCUCCUUUUACUUCUCAAUUCCAGAGCCCGUCACCCGCCUCCCUUCUUCCUCGACACCGAUUCACAAUACUACAACAGAGCACAAUUGGCCGGUAUGGUAGUGGAUAGCCUGCCGUACCCCACGGCUGACAUGCAAUUAAUCCUCCGGGGCAUUUCCUCUGGCGACGUUUAUGGAACUCUGAGAAAAAUGCCACAAGUUAACCCGGGAACUUGGCUUGAUUUGGCAAUACAAGACUAUGACUGGCCUACAUCUAACUUAUAUGGCAAGAAGUGGCCUCUAGAUCAAUUUCGUAAUCUAUCCGGCGUGGUCGUUCUGGAGAUACAGGAGCGCUUAAUGGACUUCCUUGUCAAAUGUUGCUAUCAAAGUCCUCAUGACAUUGAGCCAGAUAAUCUGUUCAGUGAUAUUUAUCCUAUUCAGCCUGAGCCAGAACUCCCCCUGGGUACCCAGACCCAGGGAUUACAAACCUCCCUCCUUGAGAUGACUGUCGAAGCCCCCUACCGUGUUCCAACUCGGCUUGACUUUGCCAACCUUGAGAAGCUGUUUGCAGCCAAAGUCGCGGCUGCAGAGGAUCAUGCAUGGGCGAUGCGUGAGGAUCCCAAUUACUUUGUGGAACAAAUCAGCGAUAUGCACGAGCAUGUGCAACUCAUAGGCUACAGAAGAAAACACACAAGCAAAUGGGGAGCAGCCAUUGCUGGCGUUUUGACUAAUGCGUACACAAUGGUCGAGAUCUUCACAGAAGCUCAUCGAGGAUGCCUUCUGGGCCAGAGCAGAUCAGUAUCUCUACAAACGAACGAAGGACAAGGAUAAAAGUAUCUUGAUAGGACUGCUCAAAAGUCCUCGUGCCCUGCAGCGGACACCUGAAUGGAUUGAACCCACGAAAGAGAAGAAGAGAGUCCUCGACAUUGAACAACCCUUGUCGUCCUU